AUGGUGGAAGCAGCAGCAGAGCCCAUCCUGGUGGUGGAGGAUCCUGUUGCCCGCGCAGAGUUUGAUGCUGCCAUCCGGCGCCUUGAGAAGCGGAUGGAGCAACUGGAGAUGCAGCUCCGACCAGUGCCGGUGCCUGAGACAAGCUUGCCUGACACAACGGUGCUCGGCAACUCUCAGCCCCACGCUUUGAGAAUUUGCGAAGCGAUUGUGGGCGACGAGGGUGAGGUGUCUGAUGCCCCGGGGGAGGAUGCGGAGCUGCCAGAGCAGACGUCCGACCAGAUCCAGUUUGGUGAAAGUGUUUGGAGCCUUCCCUUGGUCUUGGACUUUCGAAGAUUUCCAUUGUGGGAUAGUAUUUUCGCAAUGCUGCUCUUUAUAGUGAACCUGGGUAUGCAGGCCAUGUUUUCAAGUAUUCUGCUGUCCGACAACUUUGCGGACGCUGGAGUACAGGUGGAGGAGGAAAGGGAAAAUGCGCGGAGGUGGAGGGUCAGCAUAGCACACGACUGGAGAUAUAUGGACCUCUCGGAAACCAGCCUGGUUACGCGCGUUUGUCAGAGCGAUGGCGCCCUGAUUUUAUCCACGCCGCAGGCCGAGCUCAUCGACCAAAUCAACAGCUUUCUAGGCUUGGGGCCCGGAGACUUCGAGCCCGGCUUUCUUCAGCCAGGAAUUUUCUUGUGUUCAAUUUGCAUCCUCCAUUGGGGCUUGUGCGUCUACAAGGAGUUUCGUAGCGUUUGGCUUGCCCUUGAAGCAGUGAUUAUGAUUCCAAGAGCUUCGCAAAGCACGAUCAUCGAGAACAGACUUUCCAGUCUGUCAACACCUCGCCUAGUCAUAGUUCUUAUGUCCUUCGUGCUGCGGAUAGCCAUCGCAAGUAUCAUGCUGGUUGCUGGGGUCAACUGGUUGGGACGAACGACUUCAAUCACAGAAUUGAUGUUGAAUGCUGUUGCCCUGAACGGUAUCAUGGACGUUGAUGAGUUGCUUUUUGCCGGCUUCAUUCCGGUGUCAGUGCGGCAGUCGGUCAGAAGGCUGGAACCCGUCAAGAUGAAGUACAGCAGAUCUCGGAGCCAGUGCGAGUCUUUUGGACUCUGCUUGCUGCUGGGCGCGACGAUACUGGUCCCAUACCUGCUAUAUUUGGAGCCCCUUACAGCUGGCAUGGUCAGCAUCAAAUGGGAGAUGUGUGGCGGGAACCAAACCUUUGUGGUGGCCAACAACCCAGAGGUUCAGCAGAUUAUUGGUUACAAGACCCAAGAAGCUCGAAACGAUCAGGAGCCUACUCUGAGUGAAAUCGCCGUGGAUCGGCACAAGUUCCAGGAAGGUGGCCCGCCUGAAUACAUCUUCUUUUCCGCCUCGCGGACAUUGUUCAGCGCAGACAUCGAUGAGGACAUGGGCGGGGCAAGUGCGAGAGUGCCGUCCUGCAUCGAGACAGAAAUGCUGAGUCCUGGAGCUCCAGGCUAUGGCGACCCGAUCUUCUCACCCAUCCUCCACGCCCGCAUGAGAUCUGCAUUGGUUUCUUUGGGCCAACCUCCGGGCACUUCUUGCGAAGGCGUCGCUCAUCUCUGCAGCAGGCCCGACGCUCGGCUCCUCAGAUUGCUGUGUGGCGACACCUGCGGCUGUACUGAUCCCUUUUCUUCGCCAUGGCACAAGGUGCCAUCGCAAGGAUGUUCCAACGGCUGCAACAUAAGGACAGAGAACAUCUUGGCCACACAGCCCUGUGAGGAUCAGCCCAGAGGAGAUGUUUGGAAGGAAUUUCGGGAUGGAUAUACUGCAGCUUUGUCCGAGUUCUACGGCACGAAUGUGAGCGAGGUCGUCAUUUGGCCCAUGGCCAGCGACAUCUUGAGACAGCUGGAGGUGACCGGAUGCAGCGGCCUAGGUGUGCCAGAGCUACAGGUGGAAAUGAUAUCCCAGACGCCCUGGUGCCAGGGUCACGACCGCUUAUUUCGCCCAUUGGCAUGGCUUUGUCCCAGGUCUUGUGGCUGUGUUGAGCAUCCCUCGUCCCAUUGCCCGGUGAAUUGCAAAGCAAACGCCAGCGGCUGA